UUCCGGGAGAUCGAGAGGUGUACCUUGUAUGACCUGUACAUAAUUAUGGCUCAUCAAAGUGUGGAAACUCCAAAGUACAUCAGUGCCUUUCGUGUGAAAGAGGUUCUAAAAUAUGAAGAUCUCAUACCGGUAAUUGAACAGGCUUUAGUCAAUUUUUCCGCCGGUAAAAGCGGCGGAGUUGUUCAACCCGUGCGCACAGCCGUUGAGGUUGAAGACCGAGGAUUUUUUCUUGUGAUGCCAGCCUAUUCUGCCAAAGAUAAUGCUCUUGCUGUAAAAUUGGUGACAGGCUUUCCGGAAAAUGAAAAACAAGGCCUACCCUCAUUUCUAAGCAAUGUUAUGGUAUUAGAUCCCAAGAAUGGUUUGCUACAAGCGAUUAUGGAUGGCCUUCCAAUUACAGACAUGCGGACUGCAGCAGCAUCUGCUGUCGCAACCAAGUACCUUGCUUCUGAGAGUGCCAAAGUUUUGUGUGUCUUGGGAUCAGGUGCUCAAGCUAGAAGUCAUGUGGAGGCCCUCAAGUUUGUGAGACCAUUCACUGAGGUGAGAAUAUGGAGUAGAACCUUUGCCAAUGCACAAAAGCUUGCAGAGGAGACCAGCGCCAAAGCUUGUGCUACAGUUGAAGAAGCAGCUUCAGGGGCUGAUGUCAUAGUUACUGCUACCUUGGCAACAGAACCUGUUCUGUUUGGAAAGUGGGUCAAGCCUGGAGCACUGAUAAACUCUGUUGGUGCACCCCGCCCUACUUGGCGAGAACUGGAUGAUGAAAUUAUGCUCAAUGGCUUUAUAGUGGCAGACAGCAGUGAGGCAGCUAUGAAAGAAGCUGGGGAUGUGAUUCUCUCCAAGGCAACAGUGGCUGGGGAGAUUGGUGAUGUUAUUUCAGGAAAAUUGGCUAUUCCUGAAGGAAAAACACGAAUCUUCAAGUCUUUAGGUAUGGCACUGGAAGAUGUUGUUUCUGCCAAGUUAGUACUGAGUAAACUCUGUGGAUUAAGUGGAACACCUCUUGAUGUGAUUUAGCCAUUUAUAAUUUUUCAUAGUUUUAUGGGAAUAAGGCCUGAGAGAUAAAUAAGGUACAUUUCACAGUUUGCCAAAGGCAGAGACGGUGAAUAUUGUUGAAUGACCCAGAGACAAAGUAGUAUUAGAUAAAUUUAUACCAUGCUUUAUACAUACCAAUUUUUAAGUUAAUGAUUUUAUAAAAAAAACCUUUCAAAGUUGUAGUGUUGUCGAUGUGUAAGUUGGUUCUUGAGGGACUUAUACUUUAAGCCAAAGGUAGGUGUAUUUUGUGGAUGUUGUUGUUGACGCUCUUUUUGCUCCUACCUUUUUUGUUUGGUUUGCUUUAACAUUUGUUUGUUUUAUUGUUUGUUUUAUUAACUGAUUACUUAUACUAACAAUGGGAUAAGCAGACCCUUCCUCUAACCAAUAAGAUGUAAAACUGAAAAGCAUUUGCAACGCGCUGCAAGCCAUUUACUUUUAUAUACUUUAAGCUCCCUAGGGCAUCUAGGGAUAUAAAGCCUUGUUAUGAUU